UUUUCCAUUUAUUUUGCCCCCUGCAUUAAAAACUUGCUUCCUUGAUUCUCGUUUGUAAUUGUUGUUUGAGUUAAUGUUGUCAUCGUCAUCACCUUUUCCAAAAGGCUCUUGUUUAUUGGGCAAUUGGGCGUUGUUAGAAGCUCAGAAGUCUUUGGGUUGCCAUUCAGAUUUGUGUAAAGGUGUUGGAUACAUGUGCAUUUCAUGGCUUUUGGCCUCUAGCUAUCGUUCCUUUUCUUGCUCCAAUAUAAAACAGCAAACCACUAGGCCCCAUUAAAAUGAUGCGUUUUGGCUUGGUGAUUCCAUUCCCAUGGUUCUGUAGAGCUUGGAUUUGAAUUUUGUGGGGUGGUCUGGGAUGGAGCGGAGCAUGUGGGGGUUUUGUUCGUUCACACCCAGGAUAUGCUACAACCAGGCAUGGGGCAUGGGUGUCAAAACCCCAGGUUUCUGGGCUCUUUGAAUUCUGGGGUGAUCCAAUCUUUUUGGUGGGUUGCUUUUAACAAACAAUGACUCUUGGCCUGUUAAGAAAUGCGGUUAUUGAUCUGGAUUUCCAGGGAAGGAGAAGUUCUGUCGUCAUCCAUUGCCAUUAGACAUUGCUGAGGAGGGAACAUUUUGGUAGUUCAAUAAUGGAUUCACCAGCUGGGCACCACUACCAGAGCCUACCCCGGAAAAAGAUGACCAAACAGUUGACGGGGAAACGCGACGAUACUCCCCUGCAUUCUGCAGCGAGAGCAGGACAACUAGAGGUUGUGGCCCGGACCCUUUCCAGUGCUGGAGAAGAAGAAUUGCUAGAGUUAUUAUCUAAGCAAAACCAAUCUGGUGAAACAGCACUUUACGUUGCUGCAGAAUAUGGGUAUGUUGAUGUGGUUAGGGAGAUGAUACAGUACCAUGAUCUCAGUACUGCUAGCAUCAAAGCAAGGAAUGGCUAUGAUGCAUUCCACAUUGCUGCUAAACAAGGGGAUUUGGAGGUAUUGAAAAUACUAAUGGAGGCCCUUCCGGGGCUCUCUUUGACUGAGGAUGUAUCAAAUACCACUGCCUUGCACACUGCUGCAAAUCAAGGGUAUAUUGAGGUGGUGAAUUUGCUCUUGGAGUCAGGGAGUGGGGUGGCUGCCAUUGCUAAAAGUAAUGGGAAAACAGCCCUGCACUCUGCCGCAAGAAAAGGGCAUUUGGAAGUCAUCAAAGCCCUUUUAGAGAAGGAGCCUGGGGUUGCUACACGAAUUGAUAAGAAGGGCCAGACUGCACUACAUAUGGCUGUGAAGGGACAGAACCUUGAGGUGGUUGAGGAGCUGAUGAAGGCCGAUCCUUCAUUGGUAAACAUGGUUGAUACUAAGGGCAACACAGCAUUGCAUAUAGCCUCCCGGAAGGGCAGGGAACAGAUUGUUAGGAAAUUACUAAGUCAUGAUGAAACCGAUACAAAAGCUGUGAACAAGUCUGGGGAAACUGCCUUUGACACUGCAGAGAAGACUGGGAACCCCAACAUUGCAACCAUCCUGCAGGAGCACGGGGUUCAGAGUGCCAAAGCAAUGAAGCCGCAAGUAACAAGCACAGCCCGUGAAUUGAAACAAACUGUAAGCGACAUAAAGCAUGAAGUCCACUACCAGCUAGAACAUACUCGGCAAACUAGGAGACGGGUGCAGGGCAUUGCCAAACGCCUCAACAAAAUGCAUGGAGAAGGUCUAAACAAUGCAAUCAACUCCACAACUGUUGUUGCUGUCCUCAUUGCCACCGUCGCCUUUGCAGCCAUUUUCACUGUCCCUGGCCAAUAUGUUGAUGACCCAACCAACAUUCCUUAUGGGUUUUCUCUUGGGGAAGCAAAUAUCGCUCCCAAAAUAUCGUUCAUCAUUUUCUUUAUAUUUGACUCGAUAGCCCUCUUCAUUUCUUUGGCUGUUGUGGUGGUGCAAACCUCAGUUGUGGUCAUAGAGAGCAAGGCAAAGAAGCAGAUGAUGGCAAUCAUUAACAAGCUAAUGUGGCUGGCUUGUGUGCUUAUAUCAGUAGCAUUCUUGGCAUUGGCCUUUGUGGUGGUGGGUGACCAUGAGAAAUGGCUGGCAAUUGGAGUAACAAUUAUAGGGACAACAAUAAUGGCUACAACUUUGGGUACAAUGUGUUAUUGGGUGAUUAGGCAUCGGAUUGAAGCCAAAAAGAUGAGAAGCGUCCGAAGGAUGUCCAUGCCCAGCAAGUCCAGAUCCUGGACUAUGUCUGUCAUGUCAGAUUCUGAGAUUCUAAAUAAUGAGUUUAAGAAAAUGUAUGCAAUUUAGAUUUAUAUACAUGCUUUUUUUGGCAUUCUGCACAUCAAGCUUCUUCCUUCUAUAUAUGUUCAUCAGUUAGCCGUA